GAUAAUAAAUACGUUGACCGUAUAAGCAUACGGCACGAUAUACACCUCUCUCGUAUAUGUAUUUGUAUUAUCACUGUGUUCGUUCGUCCUUUUUCUCAGCAAAAUCUUUGAAACAGUGAAACUCUCUAUCUUCAUCACUCUCUCUCUUCUGUACUUUCCUCGUGUGCUCUCUCUCUCAUACAAACAUUUCACGAACUUCAUUACUUCAACAACACACAGAUUCUAUCUCUCUCUCUCACACUGUUUUCAUUUUCUCUUUUUGGAGCAGUCAUUGUUUCAUUUUCGCAAGGCGGCGAGUAUUAGCAUAUAUUUAGUAGGUAACUCUGAUGGCUGAGACUCGCCGGCGACGAUGAAGUAUUCCGGCAAGGCGACUUUCCCGGCGGGCAUUUCUUCGAGGGGCGUGAGCAACCCUUCGCCGGACUGGGAUCUUGAACCGGCGCGACCUUUCCAGCGGCGGAAACCGAGAACUCCGGGGACACGGUUGAGGAGACACGGUGGAAAACGGAGCAGACCUGAAACCCCUCUGUUGAAGUGGAAGAUCCAUGAGGAUCCACUCGAAGAGGACCAGAAGUCUUCUUUGUCGGGGUCUCGUCGGAGAACGUGCCGGAGCGCCAAAAAGCAAACGGAGGUUUCCGUGUCGGCGCGGAGACUAGCCGCCGGGCUUUGGCGGUUGCAUCUGCCGGAGACUGUCUCGGGUGAUGGCCGGAAGGGGUUGGAACAUAAGCAUGGAAAUGACCACGCAAGGCACCGGUUCCUUGGUCAUCCAAAUGGCAUGAUCCAUGAAUUCGAUCUGAAGAAGAAUCCAUUGCAAAGUCCCCGUUCCAUAUUUAGGGCAAAGAAUGGACACUUCUGUGAGCCUGAACCUUUCCAGUUUUCCAACACUGAAAGGGAGGGUGCAACAAAAUGGGAUCCUCUAUGUUUAAAAACGUCAGAUGAAGAGGCACAUCAUAUCUACAGACACAUGAAACUUCUUGACCAAAAGGCAAGUGCAGUAUCUAUGGUAUCUGCCCUCGGAGCUGAACUAGAGCAGGCUCGGGCACGAAUUCAGGAGCUUGAGACAGAGCAUCGAUCCUCCAAAAAGAAGCUUGAACAUUUCCUGAAGAAAGUCAGUGAGGAAAGGGCGCAAUGGAGGAGCAGAGAGCAUGAGAAAAUCCAUGCAUACAUCGAUGACAUUAAAUCAGAGUUGAGUAGAGAAAGAAAAAAUCGCCAGCGGAUUGAAAUUGUCAAUACAAGGUUGGUAAAUGAGUUGGCCGAUGCCAAACUCUCUGCAAAGCGCUACAUGCAAGAUUAUGACAAGGAAAGGAAGGCCAGAGAAUUGAUUGAGGAAGUAUGUGAUGAGCUUGCCAAGGAAAUUGGAGAAGACAAGGCUGAAGUUGAAGCAUUGAAGAGGGAAUCUAUGAAACAUAGGGAAGAAGUGGAAGAAGAGAGGAAGAUGUUACAGAUGGCGGAAGUAUGGCGUGAAGAACGUGUUCAAAUGAAGUUGAUAGAUGCAAAAGUUGCUCUUGAAGAGAAGUAUUCACAGAUGAAUAAACUUGUUUCAGAUUUGGAAAGUUUUAUCAAAUCAAGAAGUGCAGAUCCGAUAACAACAGAGCUGAGAGAGGCACAGUCUCUUCAGCAGGCUGCAGCUGCGAUGAACAUUCAAGACAUCAAGGGAUUUUCAUACGAACCCCCAAACUCUGAUGACAUUUUUGCUAUUUUUGAAGAAGCAAAUUUUGGUGAAACAAAUGAGAGGGAGAUUGAACCACGUGCUUCUCACAGUUCUACUAGUCAUGCCUCGAAUAUUCACAUUGUGAGUCCUGAAGCCAAUGCAAUAACUAAGGAUGGCAUUCAGAGGCGUUCUGAUGUAUUUGUGGAUGAUAACGGGGAUCUAGAUGGAGAUGAAAGUGGAUGGGAAACUGUGAGCCAUGUUGACGAUCAAGGCUCGAGUUAUUCACCAGAAGGGAGUACCCUAUCGUUGAACAGGAAUCAUCGAGAGAGUAAUGUCUCAGGGAGAAGUGUACUUGAAUGGGAAGAAACUGCUGGUGAGGAGACACCAAUAACUGAAAUAAGUGAAGUGUGCUCUAUACCUACUAAGCAGUCAAAGAAGGUAUCAUCCAUAACAAAGCUUUGGAGGUCAUACCCAAACAACGGGGAUAAUUACAAGANUUACAUAAAAAACAUAUACAUUGUACCAUGA